CUCAUCAGUCCUCACAUCUAGCAAAGAAAAGUCUCGUUAGAAAUUAAAGUGAGUCUUGAAUACUUGUUUGCGUUUUCCUAAAAGAUGGCGGAUCAUCCUCGUUCUAGUGAGCAGCAAGAAGCUGAUGUUGCAGCUUCCAAAGGCUGUGGGAUGUUUGACUUUCUCAAGAAGAAACCCGAAGAUGUACAUUCUUCCGAGAAUGCCGGUGUAACCAAGGAGCCCAAGGAAGAGGAGAAGCCUUCUCUCGCUGAAAGACUCCACCUUUCUGACAGCUCUUCAAGUGAUGAGGAAGCGGGUGAAAAUGGGGAAAAGAAGGAGAAGGAGAAGAAGAACAAUAAGAAGAAGGAAGUUGUUGCAGAUCAAUGUGAAACAGAGGAGAAGAACAAGGAGAAGCUUCCUGCGGGUAUAAGUCAUGAGGAUGGGAAGGAGAAAGGGUUUAUGGAGAAGAUGAAGGAUAAGCUUCCCGGAGGUCACCAUGGAAAGCCUGAAGCUCAUGAACCUCAUAAUGAGAAGGGCAAGGAGAAAGGGUUUAUGGAGAAGAUCAAAGAGAAGCUUCCUGGUCAUACCAAUGAUGAGAAGAAGAAGGAAACCUAGUUAUAAGAAGACCCUUUUUUUUUAAGUUUCGCUUUCACCACUUGCUUUUUCAUCUUCUUGUAUCGUUGUCCACGUCGUUAUAUGUCAUGCCAAUUUUCGAAUUGAAAACUCUUGAAUCUUAAAUAACUCUUAAUGAAGAAAACCCUAAAAG